CAAGCGUGGCAAAACUAGCGUCCGGCGAGGAGAUAGCUCUUGCUUGCUGAGGUGCUCUUGGCCUCUUGGGGUGGGUCCAUGGAGAUGCCGAGGUCGCCUGGCGCGGGCGCGUUCCGGUUUCUUGGCCUGCUCAAGCAGCCGGAGGCGGGCCACGACGGCGCGUGCUUCGAGCUGGACGAGAGCGAUGUCGUGUGGCCGGCCGGCGGCAGUGGGGACGUCGACGGGUGGGCGGCCGCGCCCGUGGCCGUGACCCCGCGACGCGCCAGCUCCAGCGCGCGGCGUCGCUCCGUGCCGCAGAGCUUCGGGCUCUCGUCGCUCCUCGCGGAGGGCGACGGCGAUGUCGAGGGGAUGGCCCUGGCCGUGCCUUGGAGGCCGGGUCACGGCGCCGCGACACCGACACCGACACCCAGGCAGUCGGCGCCGGUGUGGCCGGGGCAGGCGGCCAGGUCCAGGUCCAGGGAUAACGCGAGGCGCGGCGCCAAGGAGGCAGAGGAAGGCGGGGAGGAGAUGGUGCCGCCGCACGUGGUGGCGGCGCGGCGGUCGUCGUCGGUGCUGGAGGGCGCCGGGCGGACGCUCAAGGGGCGCGACCUCUGCCGCGUCCGCAACGCCGUGCUCCGCCAGACCGGCUUCCUCGACCUCUGAAUCUUGUGAAUCUGAAGAAGAAGAAAAUGCAUGCAUGCAUCCACCACCACCUAUGAAUAUGGAUACUAUGAUGGCCAACAUCCAUUAAUCCCCGUCGAUCACUGGCGCGCGUCCUCAUCAUCGACCAGCAGCUGCCAUGCAUCCAUCCAUCUGGUUCUGGUCUGGUCUUGACUCUUGAGAGUGACAAAACAAAGGAACCCUCUGUUAAUGUCUGAAACUCUGGAAUGGAUACUGCCCGGCCCGAAUUGAAUUCAAUACAUUCAAUUGCAUU